AUGGGCCAGCACGUGUCCAGGACGAAUUUCGAGUGGUGUUACACCGAGGAAUCACACGCCAGUCGAAGGAAGAUUAUCCUGCAAAAGUAUCAAGAAGUUUUCGGUUACGAUCCGCGGUUCAAAUUUGUGGCUGGAGCCAUGAUGCUAACGCAGUUUGCGAUGUUGUUCAUAAUGAAGGACCAAUCGUGGAAGAUGAUUUUCCUGGUGGCAUAUGUCUUUGGAGGGGUGAUUAAUCAUUCGCUAGAGCUCACCUGUCACGAGAUUGCUCACAAUCUGGCUUUUGGACAUGCAAGGCCGAUGGCAAACCGGCUGUUUGGAUUUUUCUGCAACCUCCCGAUCGAAGGAGCGGAUGCAUCCAACGACACUUUUAAGCACUAA